AUGGCCUUCACAGUCCUAUCAGACAACAACGUGAAGCAGCUCUUCCAAGGCUUCGGCCCAGAAGACGUGGCCCUCAUGUCCGACGUCCUCACCGACGCAUUCCUCUCCUACUCCGUCGGCCCCGAAGCGCAGUACCAGCCCCACCGCGCCGCGGUCGUCAGGCCCGACGGCACCACCGGCCUCUUCAUGCCGGCCACAAUGGAAGGCGGCAUGUCCGUCAAGAUCGUGGGCCUCCCGCCGCCCAACUCUGCGACCACCGACCUCCGCUGCGUCCUCACGAUCUGCGACGGCACCGGAAAAGCUGUAGGGAUCAUCAACGCCGAGGAACUCACGGCGUUCCGCACCUCGCUCGGCUCUAUCCUGCUGUACAGGUACCGCCAGGCGACGGCAAACAUCGUAGUCUUUGGCGCAGGUAAGCAGGCGCUGUGGCAUCUUCGACUAGCACUCGUCCUCCGCGGGAAGGACAUCAAGACCAUCACCAUCGUGAACCGCUCAAAGGAGCGCCCGUCGAAGCUCAUUCAGCGGCUCCAGACCAUGAGCAAGGCCAGCGGAGUGGGCAACACCGACUCGGUGACCUUCACCGUCAUCGAAGCGACACCGGACAGCGCGCCAGGCAACGCCGAACUGCGAUCCGCCGUCGAGGAAAGCGACGUCAUCUUCUGCACCACGCCGUCCACGCAGCGCAUAUUCCCGGCCGAGUGGCUGACCUCGGAGCGCGGCUCGGCCAAGACGCGGUACAUCUCGGCCAUCGGAUCGUACAAGCUCAACAUGAAGGAGCUCGACCCGGAUUUCCUCCGCGCUGUUGUUGACACGUCCCUCGGAGCCUUCACUUCUACGGAAGGCGGGGCCAAGAAGGACGGCGUCAUCUUCGUGGACAGUCGCGAGGCGUGUUUCUUGGAGGCUGGCGAGCUGGUGGAGGCCAAGAUCCCCGCUGAGAAGAUUGUCGAGGUGGGUGAGUUUACUGAUAAGCUUCGCAAGGCAGAUGAGGGUGAGGCGGGGUUGCUGCGGGAGUGGCUUGAGAAAGGGUUGAUUGUGUACAAGAGUGUCGGUAUUGGCAUCAUGGACUUGUCUCUGGGCAAGGUCAUUCUCGAGUUGGCGGCGAAGCACAAGGUUGGCACGAUAUUGCCAGAGUUCUAA